UUCACAUUAUAACGAAUCGGCGUCUAAGGGUUUAAGUGUCACUUGACAUCACUGCUCCCACGUGUUCUUUCCCAUCUGGCGGCCGCCGCGCCAGUCCUGUACCCAACCCUCCCUCCCGAGGCUCAGCCGACCCCCAGCACCCAAUAGCCUUGUACUGAUGUCGGAUGCGAGAGCCUGUGCUUAAGUAAGAAAUCAGGCCUUACUGGAGACAUUCAAGCGGUUUGGACAACUACUUUUCCAAAACAGAAAGGAAACUCAUGCAUCAGAAAAGGUGACUAAAUAAAGGUACCAGAAGAAUAUGGCUGCACAAAUACCAGAAUCUGAUCAGAUAAAGCAGUUUAAGGAAUUUCUGGGGACCUACAAUAAACUUACAGAGACCUGCUUUUUGGACUGUGUUAAAGACUUCACAACAAGAGAAGUAAAACCUGAAGAGACCACCUGUUCAGAACAUUGCUUACAGAAAUAUUUAAAAAUGACACAAAGAAUAUCCAUGAGAUUUCAGGAAUAUCAUAUUCAGCAGAAUGAAGCCCUGGCAGCCAAAGCAGGACUCCUUGGCCAACCACGAUAGAGAAGUCCUGAUGGAUGGACCUUUGAUGAAAGAUUGCCAAUAGCUGCUUUACUGAAAAUGAGGAUUCCUCUGAUAGAAUCCCUUGAAAGCAGUAACCACCAUGUUAAACCAUCUGUCAUGACUGUUUGGCAUAUGGAAACCACUGGAGAAACAAAAUUGCUAUUUACCAAGAAUAAUCAAAAUAGAAGGUCUUAUUGUUCAAUGAAAUAAGAUGCAACAUUUGUUGAGGCCUUUUGAUUCAGCACCUUGGUCACUUGAUUAGAAAAAUAAACCAUUGUUUCUUCAAUUGUGACUGUGAAUUUUAAAGCAAAUUAUGUGUUCAAUCAUGUAUGAGAUAGAAAAAUUUUUAUUACUAAAAGUAAAAUAAAUGGAAAUAUCACUGAGCAGUUGUUUAUAUAUAAUAUUCUCAUUGGACUGUAGAAAUGUUGAAAUGUUUUUCAAUCAGGCUCAUCCUCCCAGCAUUUCUGUUCAUUCAUGUCUGCUUCAGAUUGCUGGUAAAUACAUAAAAUAGUUACUUGCUAAUCAUUUC